UGUGUGUUGUCGUUGUCGGUGGUUUGAUGUCAUUUUAAAGAUGGCGGUGGAAGUGACUUUGACUCCUAAACUUCACGAAGCGAUACAGAGAAUUCUUGAAUCCAGUGACCUAUCCAAGACACUGCGCGAAAAGCUGACAACAUUAAGCAGCAAGGAUGCAGAGAAAGAGAGUGAAAAACGUCAUAUAAUGUUUGGUUUAGUAAAAGAAAUAUGGCAGCAAUCGAAGGCAUUUCGCACUGAGGAUGACAGGCCAGCGUACUUGCAUGAAAUGCUGGAGGGAAGUGAACUUUAUGUGGAACCUCCAAGGCCACCAGAGAGGAAUCCUGAACUAGUUGCUCGGCUGAAUAAACUGCGGGCCAAACAGGAGCAAAUACAAUAUGACCAGAUGGUUGCCAAUGUCGGGCCUGCACUGGAGCAGAAACAGAGAGACACUCUAGGAGCUGAAGUCCGCUCCACCUCAAGACAAGUCUCAUCGAUUGUCAACUUUGUGCUCAGCGUUGGGGCUGCCUUUAUGUUUGGGUUUGCAUCAUCCCAAUUUGCAUUUCAGGAAAUGAGCAUGAGAGUCAUCAUUGGUACAUUCCUGGCGAUCAUAGUGGCUAUUGCUGAUCUGUAUUUCAUGGCCAGGACAGAAAUCUAGUAGAUCACGGCCUGACAGGAAUCUAGCUUAACAUGGGUGGACAGAAAAGUUGUUUCCGCUUCUCUUGUCAUAAAAUUCUAUAUUAUUUUUAAAAAAUAUUCAUAAACACCGGAUUAAAGGCAAGUUGUAUAUGGACGUAAGUCAUUGAAGACAACUUUUUGAAGAAUUGAAGAAUUGAAAAAUUUAUAAUAUUUGACGUAUCAUACAUUGCGUUUCCUCGUUUAUGUUCUACGACGAAAAAAAACAAUACAACGAACAGAAAAACUAGUCGCAAGGAAAAGGCAUUUGAGCCAUUUUAAAAUGCCGAGAUAUCGUUUAAUAUCAUUUAAUACCGGCCAGAUUGAUGCAACCGCAGUUGUGAGAAAUUAUUUAUUUUAUUUUUGAUAAAUUGCAGGCUCGUACCCAGGAUUUUUCUUGGGGGGUGCGAAGUCCGAAAAAGUGGACCUAAUUUUUCUGGGGUAGAGGGGGGGGGGGGGAGGAGUUUUCUGAUAAAAAUCUGACCACCCCCGAAAGAACAAAAAGGAUUUUUUGCCUUUGCAGUAUCUCCACGGGACGUUUAUUGUCGGAUUUGGCUACAAAUACAAGUCUGACUUAUGGAUUAAUAACAUACAAGGAAAUAUAGUUGAUGCUUUAUAGUUUUGUCUACGUCUAUUGAGAACCGAAAGUGGACUUUCGGUCGUUGUAGGGGGGUGCGUUCGCACCCCCUGCAACCCCCUGGGUACGGGCCUGAAUUGAUCAGGGAAACAACUUCUUUGAAUAAAUACAUGAUAAAAUGA